AUGGAGGUGAUUGAAGUGGCCGACGCUUGUGCCGGUGACAGCGAUGUUUACGAUCCCAGAUUCACAAAGGCUCCCGAACCACUCCCCAACAACGUCCACAUCAAGCGACAGAGUCUCCUCGACUACGGCGACCAGGUUUCGACAUGGAAGUUCACCGACCUGAUGUUGCAUGAGCUGGAUAUCUGCGAGUGCCUCGCGAAACAUCCCCAUCCGAAUGUCGCGAAAUAUCUUGAACGUCUCGUCGAAGACGGCAGAAUGACGGCUCUUUGUUUUCGACGGUACGCCAGGACUCUCCAGGAAACGGUGAGCAGCAGCGAGCAGGUUGACACGCAGGCCUGUCCCCGGGGCAUACAGGAAGGCAUCAAGCACCUCCAUCAGCUGGGCUUGGUACACAACGACUUGAACCCCAGCAAUGUCAUGAUGCAUAGCCACGGCUCCAACCCUGUCAUCAUUGACUUCGACUCCUGUUGA